GCGCUGCCGCGGGCGGAGGAUCCGGGCCGCGCUUCCUCUCGCCAGGCCUGCGAGCUUCCUCCCAGCGGAGCCCCGGGCAAGCCCGGCUCGGCCGCCCCCGCCGCCACCACCGCCGCCUUUCCGCUCCCGCCCCACCCCGCACCCUGCCCGGGGGGCCUGCCGGGGUGGGGUCCGAGCGGGGCGACCGCCCGGCCGCGCCGCCGUCGGGGCCGGCCCCCGGCCAGCCGUCCCUCCCGCCCCAGCCAGCCUGUGGCCGCCAGAGUCUCCGGGGCGUGGAGCGCGGGGAGCCUCCGCGGCCCCCGAUCCAGCGUCCGGGGCAGACCCCGGCGGCCGGCGCGACGUUCCAAACUCGAACCUCGGUGGCGGCGUUCGGAAGCGGAACUCUGCCGGGGCUGCGCCGGCUACAUUGUUUCCUCCCCCCGACUCCCUCCCGCCCCCCUUCCCCCGCCUUUCUUCCCUCCCCGACCCGGGCCGCGCGGCCAUCCCCCUGCCUCUGUCUGGCCGUCCCUCCUCCCCCUCUUUUCGCACCAAUACCUCUUUGUACCGUACCCCCCGGGGACCCCUGCGCCCCUCCCCUCCCCCCUGGCCGCAUGGACCGUCCCGCAGGCCGCUGAUGCUGCCCGCAGCGAGGUGGCCCGGACCGCAGUGCCCCUAGAGAGCUCUCAUGGUACCAAGUGACACGGCGGCCUUCCUGUGACCCGGGGACGCCAGACCUUCUGAGAAGAUGUCAGCAAUCCAGGCCGCCUGGCCAUCCGGUACAGAAUGCAUUGCCAAGUACAACUUCCACGGCACUGCCGAGCAGGACCUGCCCUUCUGCAAAGGAGACGUGCUCACCAUUGUGGCGGUCACCAAGGACCCAAACUGGUACAAAGCCAAGAACAAGGUGGGCCGUGAGGGCAUCAUCCCAGCCAACUAUGUCCAGAAGCGGGAGGGCGUGAAGGCCGGCACCAAGCUCAGCCUCAUGCCCUGGUUCCAUGGCAAGAUCACACGGGAACAGGCAGAGCGGCUUCUGUGCCCACCGGAGACAGGCCUGUUCCUGGUGCGGGAGAGCACCAACUACCCCGGGGACUAUACGCUGUGUGUGAGCUGUGACGGCAAGGUGGAGCACUACCGCAUCAUGUAUCACGCCAGCAAGCUCAGCAUCGAUGAGGAGGUGUACUUCGAGAACCUUAUGCAGCUGGUAGAGCACUACACCUCAGACGCAGACGGGCUCUGUACUCGGCUCAUCAAGCCAAAGGUCAUGGAGGGCACAGUGGCAGCCCAGGAUGAGUUCUUCCGCAGCGGCUGGGCACUGAACAUGAAGGACCUGAAGCUGCUGCAGACCAUUGGGAAGGGGGAGUUUGGAGACGUGAUGCUCGGUGAUUACCGAGGGAACAAAGUUGCCGUCAAGUGCAUUAAAAAUGACGCCACUGCCCAGGCCUUCCUGGCUGAAGCCUCUGUCAUGACGCAACUUCGGCAUAGCAACCUGGUACAGCUUCUGGGCGUGAUUGUGGAAGAGAAAGGCGGGCUCUACAUCGUCACUGAGUACAUGGCUAAGGGGAGCCUGGUGGACUAUCUGCGGUCAAGGGGUCGGUCGGUGCUGGGCGGAGACUGUCUCCUCAAGUUCUCACUAGAUGUCUGCGAGGCCAUGGAAUACCUGGAGGGCAACAACUUCGUGCACCGGGAUCUGGCUGCCCGCAACGUGCUGGUGUCUGAGGACAACGUGGCCAAGGUCAGCGACUUCGGCCUCACCAAGGAGGCCUCCAGCACCCAGGACACGGGCAAGCUGCCAGUCAAGUGGACAGCCCCGGAGGCCCUGAGAGAGAAGAAAUUCUCCACCAAGUCUGACGUGUGGAGUUUUGGAAUCCUUCUCUGGGAAAUCUACUCCUUUGGGCGAGUGCCUUAUCCAAGAAUUCCCCUGAAGGACGUCGUCCCUCGGGUGGAGAAGGGCUACAAGAUGGACGCCCCUGACGGCUGCCCGCCUGCGGUCUACGAGGUCAUGAAGAACUGCUGGCACCUGGAUGCCGCCGUGCGGCCCUCCUUCCUGCAGCUCCGGGAGCAGCUCGAGCACAUCAAAACCCACGAGUUGCACCUGUGACCGCCGGGCCCCCCCAGUGCCCCUCCCCCACCCAGGUCGUGGGCCUGCGGGGACUGAACCUGGAGAGAUUGUGGACCUGGUGCCCCCACUUGCUGGGCCCAAGCCUGAACUGAGCCCAGCGGGCCCAUGGGCUUCUUUCGUCUGCCCCAGCCUGCACCCCCUCUGGCCCCCCAGAGACCCUCCCUAGGCCUGGCACCUUUUCUCAUGGACCCACAUGUGGGGCUUGGGGAGCUCCACCGAAGCGCCAGGAAGGGAGGAGGCUGGGGAGCGUGAGGCAGAUGCCCCCUACCGUGGUCAGGCUUCUCCUGGCCUCCCAUCUCUCGCCUUCUUAGAGUUUUAUUCCUUUCCUUUUUUGAGAUUUUUUCCCGUGUGUUUAUUUUUUAUUAUUUUUCAAGAUAAGGAGAAAGAAAGUACCCAGCAAAUGGGCAUUUUACAAGAAGUACGAAUCUUAUUUUUCCUGUCCUGCCCACCGGGGUUGGGGAGACCAGGCCCCUCUCUAGGGACCCAUCGCCCCAGCCUUGUUCCCGUGUUCGUGUCCCGUGUCGCCUCGGUCGCCCCGUGUUUGCGCUUGACCACGUCGCACUGUUUGCAUUGCAUGCGCCCGAGGCAGACGUCUGUCAGGGGCUUGGAGUCCAUUCGUGUGCCGCUGCUGCCCGCCCACCUGCCUUGUGAGAUGGAAUCGUAAUAAACCACAUGAGGACAC